CCGUGAGCGAUGUCGGCCGGUCUCAGGAGGAAGGAGACCCACCCACGAGGCAAAGGAUGCUUGUGACAUUCAGCAUUACCACCUAUACCUCAACAACCCAAAAGUGAGCUGCUGUGAAUGAGAAUUGCGACAUGGAGCGACAGCAGGUCACUGAGCGCAGCGCGAGCGCAAAUGCUUCAGUGCGCGAGAAUCUACCGCACAGCACGCUCCGCCGCCUCUCCCCUCUUGCGAUCACACAGGAAGAGAGAGUAAAGGUCCAAACUUCAACCGGAGUGAAGAAACAUCAGCAUAAACACAAUCUUAAACGCCGCUUUGAAGUGCUUGAGACGCUGGGCAAGGGCACGUACGGAAAAGUCAAGCGCGCGGUGGAGAGAGAGUGUGGAAAGACGGUGGCUAUUAAAUCCAUUAGAAAGGACAUAUUAAGGGACGAUCUGGAUCGAGCUCAUAUCCAGAGAGAAAUUGAAAUCACUGCCUCUCUUUUGCACCCAAAUAUCAUCCAUCUAUAUGAGGUGUUUGAGAGCAGAGAGAGGAUUGUGAUGGUGAUGGAAUAUGCGAGUGGAGGAGAACUAUAUGAAUACAUUCAGGAGAAACAGAAACUAUCAGAGGAGGAGGCCAGACAUUUCUUCAGACAGAUCACCUCUGCUGUACACUACUGUCAUAAAAAUGGUGUAGUUCAUAGGGACAUCAAACUAGAGAACAUUCUUCUGGAUAAAGACUUAAAUGUGAAGUUAGCUGAUUUUGGAUUGUCCAACCACUACACGAGAGACCAUUUUCUGGACACGUUCUGUGGGAGCCCUCUUUAUGCAUCACCAGAGAUAAUUAAUGGACUUCCAUACCAAGGACCAGAGGUGGAUUGCUGGUCCCUUGGCGUGCUGCUUUAUGCUUUGGUUUAUGGCUCAAUGCCUUUUGAUGGCACAAGUUACACCAUCCUUAAAGAGCAGAUCCGCCAAGGACGAUAUAAGACACCAGAUAUCCAAUCAGUGGCAAGUUCACUGAUCAGAUGGAUGCUUACUGUGAGAGUAGAGAACAGAGCAACUGUGGAAGACAUAGCAAACCACUGGUGGUUAAACCGAAACUGUCCAACAACCAUGUGUGAUGGAAAAUCCAAUGGUCCCAACCCUCCCGACACUGCAAUUUGCCUCAGCUCUCUUUCAGGGGUAAUUGACACUCAACCGUGGGUCUUCACCAAGUCCAGAAAGGAUCACAAGGAAAGAACAUUCACCCAGAACAACCCUUCUUCUACCAACAACUCUGUUCCUCUGUCACCUCUUCAAUCCCAUACCCAGCCCAUGAAACUGCCAAGAAGACCAUUCUGAAGAAACUC